UAUCUCGAAAAUCUGAUUUCUUUUAUUUGCCUUCAUAGUGUGCAAGUGAACAGAGUGGCUACCUACAAAGAACUGGAUAGUUAUUUUCAGAAACAAUCAGCACUCUUCAACGUUAACUUACUGGAUGGCGAGAUCGACCUCAAACUUCUCACGAACGUUUUGUCACCAGAAACGGAGGUAUUUGAGGAAGACAAACGGUGGGACUGGGACCGACUCUUCACUGAAGUUGCGUCUGAGCUGCAAAGUGAGUGGAACACCGACAAAGAAACCGAGGAAGUUGAGGAAACCUAGAAUAAAAUAACGUACUAUAAUGAUAAA